UUACCUGGGGGGGUGGGGGCGCGCGUGGAGGAGCCUCCGUCCCGUCCCUCCCUCCUCCCGGGCUGCGCGCCCCGCACCCUCCGCCUGACCCGGACUCGCUGCCCCUCGCCUCCCUCCCCCGGCACCCCUGGAGCGAGCUCCCAAAUCGGACCCCCCCAUCCCGUUAAAAGACCCGAGUCUCGACCUCUCCCGGCCUCCCGGGUCCGCCGAGGAGCCCGCAGGCUCGGCUGGGGCCGCCGCUCCCGACUGCGGGGCGGCCGGGCGCGGGGCCAGAGGCGGGGCGGGGCGGGGGCGCGGGCCUUUAAGAGGCGCCGCCGGCGGGGCCCGACCGAGACGCGGGCAGCGCCUGGACUCGCCGCGGCCGCGGGACUCGGGCGGCCCCGCAGCCCCGCAGCGCUCCGGCUCCUCCUCUCCAGACCGCCCUCCGCAGCGAUGGACGGGGACGGCGAACCAGAGAGCGUGGGCCAGCCGGAGGAGGAGGUGAGCCCCGAGGGGCAGCCGGAGGAGGCGGAGGCAGCGAGCGGCGGGGAGGAGCGGCCCGAGGCGGAGGCGGAGGCGGAGGUGGAGGCGGAGGCGGAGGCGGAGGCGGAGGCGGGGGCGGCCGCGCACCUGGACGAGCUGCCCGAGCCGCUGCUGCUGCGCGUCCUGGCGGAGCUGCCGGCCGCCCAGCUGGUGCAGGCCUGCCGCCUGGUGUGCCUGCGCUGGAAGGAGCUGGUGGACGGCGGCCCUCUCUGGCUGCUCAAGUGCCAGCAGGAGGGGCUGGUGCCCGAGGGCGGCGCGGAGGGCGAGCGCGACCACUGGCAGCAGUUCUACUUCCUGAGCAAGCGGCGGCGCAACCUGCUGCGCAAUCCGUGCGGGGAAGAGGACCUGGAGGGCUGGUGCGACGUGGAGCACGGCGGGGACGGCUGGAGGGUGGAGGAGCUGCCCGGAGACUGCGGGGUGGAGUUCAUCCACGAUGAGAGCGUCAAGAAGUACUUCGCCUCCUCCUUUGAGUGGUGUCGCAAAGCGCAGGUCAUCGACCUGCAGGCCGAGGGCUACUGGGAGGAGCUGCUGGACACCACUCAGCCCGCGAUCGUGGCGAAGGACUGGUACUCGGGCCGCAGCGACGCGGGCUGCCUGUACGAGCUCACCGUGAGGCUGCUGUCGGAGCACGAGGACGUGCUGGCCGAGUUCAGCAGCGGCCAGGUGGCUGUGCCCCCCGACGGCGACGACGGGGGCUGGGUGCAGAUCUCCCACACCUUCACCGACUACGGGCCCGGCGUCCGCUUCGUCCGCUUCGAGCACGGGGGCCAGGACUCGGUCUACUGGAAGGGCUGGUUCGGGGCUCGGGUGACCAACAGCAGCGUGUGGGUGGAGCCCUGAGCCACCCUGUCUCCGACCUCGGCCGCCCCGGAGGGCCAGAGGCUGGGGUUACUUAGGCCUUAGCUGGUAGCAUCCUCAUCUGCCCCACCUGCACCCCCACCUGCACCCCCACCUACUUCUCUCCCGCCCUAUAGUCCAGCCCCACACCCGGAAGGAGCGGUUGUGUUGGCAUCUAUCUGCAUCUGGAAAAUAAGAUGGGGGAGGGUAUGGGCCUGGGCUGGGCCCACCGCUGGAUCCCCUGCACCUAGCACAGUGCCUGCCACAAAGUGGGCGCCUAAUAAAUACUAUUUGUCCAAGGAA